CAGGCUCUGGUGGGUUUUCCCGGUGAUGACCUCACUGCUUUUCCCUGGCAACGCCCACGCUGCGAUGAAGGACCUCUCCUCCUCCUCCUCUCCUCUCACCACCCUGCUCCACUACCCGUCCUCCAAAACCUCCGUCGUGCCCUUCUCCCCGUCUGCCGGCCCCGCCUCCUCGCCGGGGUCAACGCUGUCGUCGGCUCCGCUCUCCAAACCUCAGCCCUUCUGCCUGCAGACGGGGCCUCACCUCAUCGCCAGCAUGCAGCUGCAGAAGCUCAACUCGCACUACCAGAACCUCACCGGUGCUUCUGCCGGACACCCCGCGCCCGGUGGAGCUCAGAGGGGCUUUGGACCCUCGCCUCUGGGCUCUGGGAACCAGCUCCUGGGGCCGACCGGGGGCCUUGGCGGAGGCGGGAUGGGGGUCGGGAUCAGCAUGGGGACCCAGAGCGCCGGUGCAGGUGGAAUUAUCGACUUUGACCCCGUGGACGAGGAGGUCCUCAUGUCUCUGGUGGUGGAACUGGGCUUGGACCGAGCGAAUGAGCUGCCCGAGCUCUGGCUGGGUCAGAACGAGUUUGAUUUCAUGUCAGACGUGCCGGCCGGAUGCUGACCUUCGGGAAGACGCAGAGAGAGAAGACGUUCUCUCCCUUGUUUUGUUUUUCUCUUUCCUCUCUUUCGUUGGUUGAUCAAACGAGGAAACAGAAGAGACACUGAGUGAUAAAGAGAGAGAGAUCAGAGACACGUACUCUUUAUGGACAGAUGAACGGGUCGGUGGAGAAAAGAGCUUCUUUUUGAUUUAUUGUCAGAAAUAAAAGAAGGCGUGAACUGUCUUUCGUGUCAGUUUGUCUUUUCCACACUGACGCUGGUCUGAUGGGAUUAAGAUGUUUUUCCUCAUCCCUCUAUAAUGUUUUAUUCUUCCUGUUCAUUUAAAGAAGAAAACCAAAGAGUCGUACAAAGAGACUUGAUUGCUUCUGUGCUCUUUUUCCCAUCACUCCCUGUUGCAGGCUUUAUCAAAUCCAGAAGGUCUGGCAGAGACGCUCGGGUCAGUUUCUUGGAAACAAACAGGACAGAUGACAAAGACACACCUGUUGGACCUGGUCCACGUCUUUUCCUCAGUGCUGUCCUCUCUCCAUCAAGGAAAAAGAAAAUGGGAAACCUGACUUUAUGGGGGAUUUGCUAAGGACGACAAACACUAUGUUUCCUGUUUUCUUAAUGGACAAUAUUGGACUCCGGUCUCACGGGAAAGAGACUCCUGUCCCUCGGCUCCACAAAGACGCUGAUUGUCUGAGAAUUGGUUAUCUCAAUGUACUUCUUUUACUUUCUGUCUUUUCUUUUUUUUUUGUUUGAAUUCACUUCAAGCAGACGCAUUCACAGAACAUGUUAUUUAAGACAGAGGCUGAUAUCCAUCAGGCCACUUGGACAAGGAGUGCUUCUGUAGCACAUCUAUUAUCGGUUCUACUUUUCUCAGCACAAUGAAUUAGAUCAAGAGACGGGGAAUCUUUCCGAGCACGGGGCCUUAAUGGAGCGCUUCUUGCUCCGGAGCACAGCCUGAUUAAAAACCACGGAGGCCUUAUGGUCAUGCGAGCUGC